AGAAAACAAGCGCACCUCAAUAGACUUACUACAGGAGAUCACACACCUAUCGGGAUAGCAUCCACAUUUACUACGGGUUCCUAAUGUUUCUGAAAGAACGACUACGGUACAGAUAGAGGGUGAGUGAAGACUCUGCUGAGAGAUGACGGACCUGGAGGCAUCGACAGUGGGUGAAACCCCUCCCCCAUACAUUAUCUUCCUCCUGGUUUUCUUCUUCUUCAUCACGGGCCUCCUGGGUUUCCUGGUCUGCCACCUGCUGAAGAAGAAGGGCUACCGCUGCAGGACAGGGGAGGAGGAAGAGGAAGAUGAGGAGGAGUGUAAGCAGAAACUGGGACCAGACAAGAAUGCUUGGGGGCAAGCUGCUUCGUCAGACAAUCUUUCAUAUAUUACAGAUGAUGAAGAAGAGGACAAUCAAGACACCGUUGAACAAAUCCUGAAGUGCAUCAUUGAAAAUGAAGCCAACAUGGAAGCCUUCAAGGAGAUGCUAGGAAAACAGAAUAUUUGUGAACAUCAUGAUCCUACGUUACUGCGCAAAGAGAGCCUGGGGGGUAUUCCACCUCAUCACCACACCGUGCACUCUGGCGCCCAGCUUGACCACAAGUCCUGCACACUCUGUGUGCAAGGGCGCUCCAAGAAGGCCCGACGCCGGAGCCGUGUACCUCGGAACAAUAAGCCGAGAACGCCGGGAGAGAGGAGAGAGUCCACUGUGUUUGCUGUGGGAAGGUUCCGAGUCACCCACAUGGACAAAAAGGAUCAAGGGUCUGGCGACCAGUUAGACCAAUCGGAGGCCCUGGAUAGUGAGAAGGGGGAUGAGGAGGACCCCCAGAGGAAGGACGGGUACAACCUGCGGAGCAUGUUCAAAGACGUCAAAACGGACAGCACCAAUGGUGUGGUUCCCACCGCAGCCAAGCGGAAGAAGAGUCUGGUUCUGUUCUCGCUGCGCAGAGGUAGUGAUCCAGUGGGGGCCAAAGUGCCUCUGAGCCAGCCCAUGGUAGAAGAGGAACCCCUCUUCACUGCUCCAAUGAAUACUUCUCCAUUGCAGACCUCCAGCCCUGUGAAGAUCCUGUCAUCCCAGCCCAGCCUGGACUCUGGUGCACCUGACGACACUGAGAUGGCCCCUGUUAAAAUGUCCCCCACUAGGGUCACUUUUGUAGUGUCCCCCACAGAGGGUCCCGUACCGGUCUCUCCCAACGUGAGUCCAGGAGGAGUCUCCCCCCUAACGCCCCCAAUACAAGAUUCCCCCACCACCACCCCAGUACAAGUCACCCCCAUGACCCCUGAGAUAUUCCCCCUUACCCCAGGCACCUCUAAUAACCCUACCCGUAGCCCCUUAAAUGUCUCUCCUAUCCCUACCCCUGUACAAGCCUCUCCAACCUCUAGCUUAUUGAAUGUCCCCCCUGACCUGUCCUCCAGAAAAGUGUCCCCCUCCCCUACUCCCUUAAUUGUGUCCCCCGACCCUUCCCCCAUACAAGUCUUCCCAGUCAUGUCCUCCAGGAAAGUGUCCCCCAUACCUACCCCCUUAAAUGUCUCCCCCACCCCUACCCCCUUAAUGGUGUCCCCUGCCCCAUCCUCCAAAAAAGUGUCCCCUGCCCCUACUCCCUUAAAUCUCUCCACUGCUCCUACCCCCUUAAUGGUGUCCCCCACAACUGCACCCCGUAGCAUUCUAAAGAAUACUACUACUUUUGUCAAGGUGGACGAAACCUCACCCACCACGAAAGGGCCAGAGGACAAGGUUGAGAGCCUUGCUACUGUCAGGGCCGACCAGGUUUCUCCCACUGCGGUUCCUGUGAAAGUCUCCCCCACCGUGGACCCCAUGAAAGUCUCCCCCACCAGCAGAGGCCCUUUAGAGGACAAGCUGGAGGUGGGGAGUGUUACCAUAGUCAAAGCCAGCCCGGACAGUCAGAUGGAGUUCUCUGUGGUGCGUAUGGCUGAGGUAGUGAAGGAGGAGGAAGAGGAGGAGCCUGCUGUGGCUCAGAGCCCCCCAGAGGAGGGGAAGGAUGACGAGGUGGAGAUGGAGGACAUAAAGGACUGUCGGGUCAGCCAGGAGGAGGAGGGUGUGUCUCUGGAGGAGAAGAGGAGAUCAGUGCACAGUCAGCACAAGUGGUGAGA